AUGACAAAAGUUUAGACUACCUGGAAAAAACGGUAGAAUUUAACCAAAAAUGGAUGAUAAGGAAACCGUGCGACAAAAACGUUUUCUAAGGAGUAAGUGGGACCCGUUCCGCCUAAAACCAGUUCUAGAUGAAGAAGAAAAGCCAACACAUUGUCUCAGAUUGAUCAAUUUUGUUGUGUGCACACUUCUUGGAGUGUUGGUCUUUGCAUUUGGAUUUUUAAGUAAGAUUUCCCUACUGCUAAUGGUUACCAUCACAGACCCAGAGUCCAGUGCAAUUUCCAAUAAGCCAUUUGGUCUUCUCAUUCUUGGAUGCACACUGAUAUUUCCUAAUAUUCUAACUUUUAUUAAAAGCCUCUGGAAAGUUAUAUUUAAAUCCACAGGGCUUCCUUCAAAACAACUUGUGUUCUUUGUGUGUACAAUUGACCUGCUUGUAGCCUCUGGGAUGGCGGCACUCGUUGUGAUUGCAAUGCCUAAAUUUGACAUCCUGAACAACACCAUGAUUUUGAACAGUGUCUGCAUAGUGCCAGCAGUUCUGCAAGUAAUAAACCAGAUGACGCCUUCUCGGAACAUCUUGCAGAUAAUCUGCUCCCUGCUCUCCGUCUUCUUUGUGCUACUCGGCUAUGCGAUUUUUACUGUCAGCUACGUCACGAAGCCAAAUGGGACGACACCGUACCUAUAUAUUUGUGUGGCCAUAGGAGGCACUUUAUUAGUUUCCCUUAACUGGUGGGAGAACUUCACAGCACCCCUAAAGAACUCCAUGCUGCAAAACAUCCACAAGAGCUUACAUAAAUCUAGAGAUAUUAUGUACCUGAUUUCCAGCUUUGUACGAAUCAUAGUCACAGGUAUUAUCGUUGGAGUGUAUUCAGUAUAUUCAGAUAAUUCACAGCCUUUCUCUCGUUCUAUUUCUCUAACAACAAUUAAGUACACGAUGAGCCUUUUUGCCAUCCAAGUCAUUUCCUCUGCUCUGUGCCGAUGGCUUUCAGUGAUUGCCUUCAAGAUGCACGUUUUCCGACGUUCUUUUAUAGUACCAAUGAUAUUCACCACUCCAGCCGUUUUUGCAUCUUUCUUAAUCCUUUUUGGAGUUCGCUACUUAUACUUCCAGAAUGACUGGCACUUCAGUAACAGUUCUUUAAGUUUUUACUGUCAACAGUCGUCCUCCUAUACUGGACAGGCCAAUCCAGCAGCUGCCAUGCUCUUCAUAGAUGUGAGCAAAAACUUCUGUUCUAAAUCUGCCAUAGUGGGGAACAACAUCUUACCCAAUAUACUUCUGGCCGUAUCAUCGAUUGGCUGGUUGUUAGGACUGGCACUUUCAACUAUCUACCUGUGGCAGAUUAAGAUCCCAAGAAUCGAAAGGACAUCGGAGGUUUUUGUGAGACACCUCUAUGAAGGUGCCUUCAUAGACCAAUCCAUGCUGCUCAAUGUCCGAAUGAACAUGGGAGAAGCAGAAACAAACGAUUCCCGUGAAAAAUGGUCAAAGAAAGAUCAUGUAAUGAUUUAUCUAUGCGCAACCAUGUGGCAUGAAACUUUUGAAGAAAUGUUGAAAAUCCUAACUUCCUUGUUCAGGCUUGACAGAUACCAGCCCAAGAAAAUGUCUCAGAAGAAUAAGAUGAGUAUCGAGGCACAUAUUUUUUUUGAUGAUGCCUUUGUUGAAAUAGAAGAGUCAGGCAGAAAAAAGCUUGUUGUCAACGAAUACGCCGAGUGCCUGGUGGAAGUCAUCAGUGAAGUGUACAAGGUCUUUACAGAAAAGAAGAAUUCCAAAUUAAAUGAUGAUCCUGACAAUGUAAUAAAGCAUGACAUGAUUAAGACUCCUUAUGGCGGAAGGCUCUGUUACAUGCUUCCCGAAGGCAAUUACUUGUACAUCCAUUUCAAGGAUAAAACCAGGAUUCGCCACAAAAAGAGAUGGUCACAGAUCAUGUAUAUGUACUACCUUCUUGGAUGGAAACUUCACAAAAAAUAUGCAGAUGCUUAUGGAGGGGAUGAACUAAAUGAAAAUCAAGAGUAUAAGAAAGAAAAACACAACACGUACAUUUUGGCACUGGAUGGUGACACAGACUUCCAGCCAUCUGCACUGAUGCUGCUUGUUGAUCGCCUUAGAAUGUACCCUAAUGUGGGAGCCGCCUGUGGAAGAAUUCACCCUACUGGAAUGGGGCCUUUGGUAUGGUACCAGAAAUUUGAGUAUGCAGUUGGUCACUGGCUUCUUAAGACAGCUGAACAUGUGUUUGGAUGUGUGCUCUGCAGUCCUGGUUGCUUCAGUCUGUUUAGAGGGUCUGCCCUCAUGGAGGACAAUGUGAUUAAGCGCUACACCACCAAAGCAGCUGAAGCCUCCCACUAUGUGCAGUAUGACCAAGGUGAGGACCGCUGGCUGUGUACAUUGCUGCUUCAGCAGGGUUGGAGAGUGGAGUACAAUGCUGCCUCGGAUGCCUACACCAACGCUCCCCAGGAGUUUAAAGAGUUUUACAACCAGAGACGACGCUGGGGACCUUCAUCAAUGGCCAACACCUUGGACCUUCUUGACACAGGUGCACUAACUGCAAAGAAGAACCCUUCCAUAUCAAGGCCGUACAUUGUGUAUCAAAUUUUUGCAAUGGCCUCAUCCAUUCUGGGACCUGCCACCGUAUGUCUCAUGAUUGCAGGGUGUCUUCAGUUUAUCUUUAACCUGGCUGCUAAUCUCAGCCUGUUCUUGUCAAUUCUUCUCCCUGUCCUUUACUUGAUUGUCUGUUACACAACAAAAUCCGACACACAGAUCAACGUUGCUGCUUUGCUGAGCAUAAUCUAUGCAUUCCUCAUGACGGCCACUUUUAUUGCUAUUAUUGGUGACAUUGUUUCUUCCAACACCAUCAUGUCUCCCACCGGCCUGUUCUUGUCAACUAUGGGCUUAAUAUAUGUAAUCACUGCCUUAAUGCACCCCCAGGAAUUCCCCAUUCUGAUCUAUGGACUUCUUUAUAUAAUCUGCGUCCCAAGUGCUUACCUUCUAUUAGCCAUUUACUCAAUGACAAACAUGGACAACGUCUCAUGGGGAACCCGAGAAACUGCAAGCCCUGUGAAGCAAAAGAAAAAGAUCAGCACCAAAAAGCAUGUGAAGUACAGAAAAAGCUGCAAGUGCUGCUGUUGGAACCUGGAAUUCAGUGUCAAUGAGGAGCAGAAAAUAACGGAGGCCACAGAGACAAAAGGAUUAUUAAAUGAUAAAGACAGCAGUGAUGAAGAACAAACCGACGAUCUUGUUUCACAGGAUUCCAGAGUACAAGAAUGCUGGAUGGAACAGCUUCAGACAAAGUCUGACGAAGUGGAGCUUGUUGAAAGAGAUAUCGACAGUGAUGAGAUGCCUUUCUGGACUGGGCUUAUCGAGGAGUAUCUUGAGCCUCUUGAAGAAGAUAAAGAUAAACAGGAGAAGAUAAAAAAGGAACUGAAGUCUCUCAGAAACAAGUGCACUUUCCUGUAUUUCAUCAUCAACUCUCUGUGGAUAAUUGCAACAUUCUUCCUCCAAGCUAUUGGGAACACAGUCAGCAUAAGGAUACCCAAGAUCUUGUUUAAUGGCACCAGAGCGGAGGACAUAUUUGUUGAUCCCGUUGGAUUUAUGUUUCUCCUGUCAUUCGCUGGCCUUGUCAUUCUACAGUUCGUUGCCAUGCUCUACCACAGAAUCUACACCUUCAUUCAUCUAAUAUCCUAUGUGAGAACAGAAGCAAUUCCAAAUUAUACUGAUGCUAAAAAAAGGCAAAUCAGUGAUGACUUGGACAUGAAUGACACCUUCCUCAGCACCGUGUGAUUAUAAUGUUGGCAUCAGCAGAAGACCGACUGCGACGGGUAGCCUGUGACUUCAUUUAACAGUAUUUCUUGAAAAGACUUGAAAACUUGGGGGCAAUCUGUCCGGUUCUUCACUUACUUCUGCACCAUUAAUGCUACCUCAGGAACACCGGACUGACGGAGCUUCCUCCAACCACCUAACUAAAAAGAUGAAGAAAUCAAAAAGAUGGAAAAGGUGAACCUUUGACUGAUAACCAAGUAACAGAGCUCGUGUCGGGGUGGCUUUUGUUUUUUUAACUUUUUGAAAAGCAUCAGUGCAACAAACCUGCCUAUCAAGUAGAGGAAU